UAUUAAGUGUAUAUUAAUUACAAAAAGAGAUACUAUCAGACGAAUAUUGUAAUUUGUAAUAGUUUUUUUCGCAUGAAUUUAUCUAAAUAUAAAGAUAAGGAUUUUGAUUCUUUUUUGAAGAUUCUUCAUUGGUUGCUAAACUGCAUGACAUAACCUAACAUUUUGUAGAAGGUGUUAGAGUUUUCCAUGAAAUAGCAUUGAAAUAAAUUAAAAUGGCUUCUGAUUCAAAAAUUUUAUGUUUUCAACACUGCUGUAGAAAAAAUGUAUUUUGUAAAAGUGUUCCAGAAAUAUGUCCAAUUUGUCAUGUACAAAUUAUAGAUUAUAAAAUAAUACCUUUCCUUAUUCCAUAUCCUUAUAAAAAUGCAGCAUAUGAACCACAUUCUAUAGUUGUAAAACCAGCUCAUGGCAAUUUUUUGAAUGAUUAUCAUAUUGUAAAUGACUUACAUAUAGGAGUAACAAAUUCAGAAGGAAUCGUUUUUGAAUAUGACAAAGUUGGUUUAGUAGUAAAUGAUUACUCAAAAUGGAUGAAUUGUAUUGCAAUAAAUAUAAUUCCUUCAUCUUGGGUCAAUCAUUGGAACGAAACACUAAAAAUAAUGAUAAAAGAUCCAAAAUGGAAAUCUGAAAAUUAUGAUGAAGUUUCAAUGAAUUGUUUUAACUUUGUCAUAGAGUUUAUAAAUAAUUUAAAAUAUGUGAAUACAAAUUUUAUAGAUAAAGAAACUAUAUGUGAAAAUUUAAUAUUACCAAAACUUGGAGAUGCACUUACAUAUAAUUCCUUAUUUAUGAAAUUGGAAACUACUGAAUUUUUUAUUUCUUAAAAAAAUUCUACAAUUUUCUUUAUAUAAAUAAAUAUAUAAAUUCCUUUUUUUUGUUAUAUUAUUAUUUAUGCAUUUAUU